UCUUCUUUUAAAUAAGGAAGAAGCGGGAGGCGUUAAUGAAACUUUGUGUACUCAACAUCUCAUUCACGGAAUCACCUGCUGUUUCUGAGAAAGUCGAGUCCGUUAGAAAAAGAUAUCCACAAUUGAUACUAACACGCGCGGGCAGCCUGCCUUAGCUCGUUAAGCACAGUUAUAUUUAAAGCUGAGCUGUUUUCUCGCGUGUUAGCAGUUGGUUAGCUGGUUGAGCUAAAGAUCAGCGCUGUGGGUUUAUCUGGACUGGUUUAGUCGUGUUCAACUAGAGGAUUCCGCUACUUUUAUCUCAACAAAGCUGGUUAGCAGUGGCGUGCGGAUGAAGGGCAGGGGGAGCCCGCGUUUGGGACUGCGCUGACAGCCCUGAGGAUUUAUCCCGCUCAUAAUCGAGGCUUUAAACAUGUUUAAUAAGAUCUACGAAUGGUUCGGAACCGGCUUCGCCAGUCUCAGAAACGGAGCUCCAGCCGGUGCCGUCCAUGCUGAUUCCGCGAGAGUGGACCAGGACGGGACGUCACGGAGAAAAAGAUCCAUAAACUGUUUGAAUGAUGGAGACCAGGAGGAGGAGAGAGUGGUGAAGAAAUUCAGAAUGGGAGAUAUUAUGGAUACGGUGAAAAAUGCAGCUGAAGGAGUGAAGACCCAUGGUUCGAAUGUUGCAUUUUGGGUUAAGAACAGUGUAAGUGCUAAUUCGAGGAACAUGCUGCCGACAUCACCAGGUCCACCUCAGACAGGAAUACCAUCAGGACCUGCAGCCAAUUCUGCUGCAUCUGCAUCUUUGUGGACAGAAGACAAGCCACAUGACAGACUUGAGGACACAUUUGUGGCUCCAUCUAGUUCAGUUGAGUGGAGGACAGUCACAAAAUCUGACUCCUUACGGACUGAGCACUCAGUGACUAUAUCAAAAACAAGCAGAAGACAAGUUUGUAUGGACCAUCCACCCAAUGAGAUGUGCAAAGCUAAUGGACACUCUGUAAAUUUACCAUCUUCAUCCACCCCAAAACCAUCUCCACGCUUGGGCAGGUCCCUUUAUCACCGACCACAAAGCAUGCUGUCAUCUCCUGAAACCAGUUCAGGAAAAGCCACGUACACCAGCCUGUAUGAGAAGACCUUUCCCAUUCGAGUGGUCCAGAGUUCUUCACCUGGCAGCUCAAACCGUCUUCUCCGGACCAGAGCCCGCUCUACAGCACAAGAGUCAGUUCGUGAGGAGGAAAAGGAGGUUUACAGGCAACUGCUAGUCGUGGUGUCUGAAGGCCAGUCUUCCUUCCUUCAUGAUGGAAGUUCUCACUCCAGCAUUCGCUCGCAUCGAGAUUUCUCCAGCUUUCUGUCGUCCAGUCGAAGUCUCCUUCAUUGUGCCUCUCCAGCAGGCUCUGGUGCUGGUGUUUCAUCCUAUGGGUUUUCCAGUCUACCACCGAGUCCCCAGCCAGGCUCCAGCCAGACCUCCAGUGCUCUGCCCAGUCCUGGUGCAGCCUCCAGCCUUGCAGAGCCUCCGAUUUGGGCCCGUGACCUUGAACCCAGUGCUAAAGGACCAGAUGUUCCCUUUGCUCCUUCACCAGCGGCUCUUCAGGAUACCUCUUCUCAGGACACUCAGUCUUCAGCUCAUGAUGGAGAUUCAGUCAUUUUCGUGAACGAGCAGCAGGGAAAGAAGCCAGAGAGCUCAAGUGUGCCAUGCUUCCAGGCUGAAUUGUGGAUCAAAGAAUUGACAAGCCUCUAUGACUCUCGAGCUCGGGAGAGACGGAGGUUGAUUGAAGAACAGGAGGCUCUGGCCUCUCAGCUCCUACGCCAGCGCCUCUCUGGAGAAGGUCGAGCUGCACCUGCAAGUGUUGAGCUGAAAGUUCGGGUCCCACUAGAAAAGGAGGUUCCUAUUGCAGCUGUUAUCAAAAAACCUCAGCCAAUUAAAGAGGAGCCUGAAUUCCCAGAGUUAACAGAGGACAUGGAGAACGAUGUGAGCAGAGCUCUGAGAGGUGGUAGUCAGGACGAGGUUCUCAGUGAAGGCUUCCGACUCACCAUCACCAGGAAAGAUCUGCAGACGCUCAGCCAUCUCAACUGGCUCAAUGAUGAGGUUAUUAAUUUCUACAUGAACUUGCUUGUGGAGCGGAGUAAACAGCCCGACCUGCCAUCCACUUAUACCUUCAACACCUUCUUCUUUCCCAAGCUGCGGAGCUCUGGUUACUCUGCUGUCCGCCGCUGGACCAAGAAAGUGGAUAUUUUUUCUGUAGACAUCAUUCUAGUGCCUGUCCACCUGGGGGUGCACUGGUGCUUGUCUGUGGUGGACUUCCGUAACAAAAGCAUCACUUACUUUGAUUCCAUGGGAGGAAACAACGAUGAGGCCUGCAGGAUUUUAUUAAAUUAUUUGAAACAAGAAAGUGAAGACAAAAAAGGACAGAAAAUAGAAACCUCAGAAUGGAGCUUAAAAAGCAAAAGACCCAACGAGAUCCCUCAGCAAAUGAAUGGAAGUGACUGUGGCAUGUUCACAUGCAAAUAUGCUGAAUACAUCACCAAAGACCGGCCAAUCACAUUCACACAGAAACACAUGCCCUAUUUCAGAAGGCGAAUGGUAUGGGAGAUCCUGAACAGGAAACUGUUGCGAUAGGAUUUAUUAUUAUUUUAUUUUUUUUGUACAGAACAUUUUUUGUGUUGUAUGGAUAUGAGGGAUACCCAAGACACAUAUGAGGUGCACUCAUUCACUGGUCAUUUCUAUGCUAUCUGAAUGAAAUUCUCAUAAACCUAAAGGACACUUUCAGUCUUUGAGUCAGGGCUGUGCUAUUAUGCUCCUUUAUAUUUCCUUAUAACUUGACGUGCAUUUGCUCAGCCAGCAAAUGUUGUUUGACUGACAAUGGAAGGAUGCUCUUUUCAUAUUUUUAAUCUUUUCUUGUCCUGCCAUUCAUUUCCAUUCUCUGUCAAUUUGAGGCCUGUCUUAAGACGACCGUAAAUGAUUACUGUUGUUUGGCAGGACUUAAUUUCCAAUCAUCUGAAGUCUUAAAUGUUACAGUAAUAUGAUUACUGAUUUUUAAUGCUGAUAUCUUUUUACACCAGUACUUGUAAAACAGAUGGAAUUGACAAUCACAAACUCACUCAGUAUAUUUGUAAUGGAAAGCAUCCUUUACUUAAUAUUUGUGACAUUUUGCUACCUGUAUUUUUUAAUAUGGAUGCUGUCCAGGUGAAAAAAAUUGAAGAAGAUGAUCUUUAUUUGUGGAUUCAAUAUUUUUCAGAUAUGUGAGAUUUGUGGUUCUUCUUUUUAAGGGGAUCAUGCUCUCGUACUGCAAUGCUUUUGACUUCAGUAUGUUUUUGGAUUGAGUUGUGCCAUCACAGUCAUAUUUCAGUUUAUCAGUAUUUAGUGGCUCUUCAAUUACUUGAGGAGUCUUUCAUGUUUGGUCCUCGCAAAGACAGGCUGCACUUACUUUUUGUUUGGUUGUUUUGGUGGCAUAUUCUUUACAGACCAGCGUUGUCAUCUUGCAUUUUUUUUUUCUUGUUUGAGGUUACUCUGUUCUUCCUUUUAAGAGAAAACUAUUUUUGGCAACUGUUUCUAGGUUUUGUUUUAGUUCUUGCAAGAUAUUGACAAUUAUUGUAUAUACAGUGACUAUACGGUAAAGUUGAAGACAUAUUUAAUACUCAUUUUGUACCUUUUAUUAUCUGUUUUUGUAUGUGGAACAGAUCUUUCUGGAAAUAAAUUCCUGAGGUUGUGUGUAUCAGAUGACAAA